AUGGGGAUUAGAUUUCGAGUGCCGCUACAGAAGCUUCAUCCUCUGUCCCGUGCUAUUCACCAUCGCUACUCUGGAAACACCAACCCUCAGCGAAACCCUCAUCGUACAGCAGCCCGAUACUUCACCUCCAUGUCCCGUUUGCCCAUGCGGCCUCCAAAGCCUCCCCCGGGAUCCGGUGGCCGCAGCUAUCAACAGAAACGCAAUUUCUGGGUUGCCCGUCUUGCAGCUCGACUAUUAAGGCUCAGAUACAUUCUGCUGGGCUCAGCAGUGGGAGGAGGGUACACAGCGAAGAAGACUUAUGAAGAGUGGAAGGACAUGCUGCCUGAUUUUAGUGAAUACAACUGGGUUAUUCCUGAUUUUGUCUGGGAACUGAGUGAACAAAUUGAUCUUGACAAACUGGCCAAAGCUCUACCAGAGCUGGAAGAAAUUGCCAAACUACUCCCUGAUUUUGACAAAAUUGGAGAGAACUUCACGUUCCUAAAAAGCCUCCUUUCACCUGGUGUGAGUUUGGGUAGUGAAGUCAAAGGAGCCUCUGGUCUGCAUCUGUUGUUAGACACUUCAAGUGAUCCUGCACUGAAAGCUUCCGAUUCUUCCACUUCAGCCUCACACGAUGCCAGUGACAAGCAGUACAAAAAGGCAAGCGACCUGCGCGUCAUGGUGUCAGGCAAAGUUUGUGUUUCAGAGAUACUGACUUUGUUGGGUUGCACUGAUGAUGAUGGCAAGAUUACCAAAGCAAGAAAGAUUCUGGUUCUUUCCAACCCGAGUCUCCGCAGAAUGACCUCUCUGGACAGCACCAGUGUCGGCUUCCUGUGUUGGGUUGCCGCACUGGCCUGCAUGGCUGACCAGCCCAGUGGCCCGCUGUUGUUUCUGUUGCUCCUCCUUCCUCUCUCUCACUAUAACGUACCCCAGCAGGGUCUGCUCGGCGAGCUCAUUCUUAUUCAGCAGCAGAUCCAGCGGCACGAGGAGGAGGUCCGGCGGGCCGCUGCUGCCAAUAGUGCGCCUCCCCCACCGCCAGAGCCUGCUCCCAGUCCGCCUCCGAACCCCAGCCCCCCUCAACAGAAGCGCAAGUCUACAGACAAAGAAAGGCUAGACCAGCUUCAAGAGGAGUUGCUCCGUACACAGCUAAAAUAUCAGCGCAUGCUAGAGAGACUGGAGAAGGAAAACAAAGAGCUGAGGAAGGUGGUGCUGCAAAAAGAUGACAAAGGGAUUCAUCAAAGAAAAGUGAAGAAAUCCCUUAUCGACUUGUAUUCUGAAGUCCUCGACAUCUUGUCUGACUAUGAUGCCAACUAUAACACCCAGGACCACUUGCCAAGGGUGGUUGUGGUGGGCGAUCAGAGCGCCGGAAAGACCAGCGUGCUCGAGAUGAUUGCCCAGGCCAGGAUCUUCCCCAGGGGCUCCGGAGAAAUGAUGACACGCUCUCCUGUUAAGGUGACACUAAGCGAAGGCCCCCACCACGUGGCCAUGUUCAAAGACAGUGGCCGAGAGUUUGACCUCAGUAAAGAAGAAGACCUGGCUGCCCUGAGGCACGAGAUAGAGCUGAGGAUGAGGAAGAGUGUGAAGGAAGGUCAAACAGUCAGCUCUGAGACCAUAUCUUUGAGUGUUAAAGGCCCAGGUAUCCAGAGGAUGGUGCUGGUUGACUUACCAGGUGUCAUCAGUACGGUAACGGCAGGCAUGGCCUCAGAUACGAAGGAAACUAUCUUCAGCAUCAGCAAGGCCUACAUGCAAAACCCCAAUGCCAUCAUUCUCUGCAUUCAGGACGGUAGCGUCGACGCAGAGAGGAGCAUCGUAACAGACUUGGUUAGCCAGAUGGACCCCCAGGGGAAAAGAACCAUCUUUGUUCUGACCAAAGUGGACUUGGCUGAGAAGAAUCUGGCCAGCCCGAGCAGAAUCCAGCAAAUAGUGGAAGGAAAGCUGUUUCCCAUGAAAGCUCUGGGCUACUUUGCUGUAGUUACUGGAAAAGGCAGCACCGGUGAAAGCAUUGACUCCAUCAAAGAUUAUGAAGAGGACUUUUUCCAGAACUCCAGAUUACUAAGGGAUGGCAUGCUGAAAGCUCAUCAGGUGACCACAAAGAACUUAAGUCUGGCAGUCUCCGACUGUUUCUGGAAGAUGGUCAGAGAGUCUGUGGAGCAGCAAGCCGACGUCUUUAAAGCUUCACGGUUCAAUCUGGAGACAGAGUGGAAGAACAACUACCCGCGUUUGAGAGAGCUGGACAGGAAUGAACUUUUUGAAAAGGCCAAAAAUGAAAUUUUGGAUGAAGUCAUUAGUUUGAGUCAAGUUACCCCGCAACACUGGGAGUCUAUUCUCCAGAGGAAGCUGUGGGAGCGUGUUUCCACCCAUGUAAUUGAAAACAUCUACCUCCCCGCCGCCCAAACAAUGGACUCUGGUACCUUUAACACCACAGUAGACAUCAAGCUCAAGCAGUGGACAGACAAGCAGCUUCCACACAAGGCACUCGAGGUUGCCUGGGAGACGCUGCAGGAGGAGUUUGCACGCUUCAUGGCUGAGUACAAAGGCAAAGACCAAGAUGACAUUUUUGACAAGCUGAAGGAGGCCGUGAAGGACGAGAGCAUCAAGAGGCACAAGUGGAACGAGAGAGCCAUGGACAGCCUGAGGGUGAUCCAGCACAAUGCCCUAGAAGACCGUUCCAUCACAGACAAACCUCAGUGGGAUGCAGCAAUCCAGUUCAUGGAGGAAACCUUGCAGUCACGCCUGAAAGACACUGAAUCAGUAAUCAGAGACAUGGUUGGCCCGGACUGGAAGCAGAGGUGGCUGAACUGGAAGAACCGUACGCCUGAACAGCACAUUCGGAAUGAAACAAAAAAUGAGCUGGAGCGCUUGCUGAAGCUGCACGAAGACCACACUGCUUACUUGGCCAACGAUGAGGUCACCACAGUCAGGAAGAACCUGGAGGGACGAUCGGUAGAAGUUGAUCCAGUACUGAUUAAGGACACAUGGCAUCAGCUGUAUCGCCGGCACUUCCUACAGAAAGCACUAUCCCACUGCAACCUCUGCAAGAGGGGUUUCUAUUACUACCAGAGGCACUUUGUUGAUUCUGAGCUGGAAUGCAACGACGUGGUUCUGUUUUGGAGGAUCCAGAGGAUGCUGGUCAUCACAGCUAACACUCUCCGCCAGCAGCUAACCAACACUGAGGUACGCCGGUUGGAGAAAAACGUGAAAGAGGUCUUGGACGACUUUGGGGAAGACAUGGAGAAAAAGACACAGCUGAUCACCGGCCGCAGAGUCCAGCUAGCUGAGGAUCUCAGUAAGACACAUUCGCUCAUUUUACUGUUUUAUUUUUAGCAGCUGGAUGGCACAGCGCCAUCUCUGGAGCAAAGUCUGGGUCUAAUGCGCGAGCUGAGCCGAGACCACUGGGCCGUCUCUGCCUCGGUGGCCCUCAGAGAACCACAAUGUGUGACACUGGAAAAAGUAGUGUGGCCUCUCAUUUGA